CAGCACAGCAGGUGGCGAUAAUGCAUCUUAGGUUGCUUGCAAUCCGCCAAUAAACAUCAUAGGAAGAAGAGGGAGAAGGGAAAAGAAGUACAACAGUGCGUGAUAGCAAUGUCAGCUGUUGUGGUAGACUAAACAUAUUCACUACAUAAGUAUGUGUAGGUGUUUGAUAUCGGAUAUGUUAAAUGUUAAAGGAGCUAGUAGCAAGCUAAUUUUAGUUACCUUUAGUUAACUACUGUGCUAGCAUAGUAGUUAACUGUUAACUCGAUGCUAUGUAGCUAGCUUGUUUCAAUCUAUUAACGCAACGGAAAUGCCAUAAGCAAUCGGGGUGUUUAAGCCGCACACAACCAACUAACGUUAACAACGUUGCAUAAAAGAUGUCUGGACGUGUAUACGCCAGCAUCCUUGAGAGAGCUUCAAGCUACACAUUGACACUUUCUUCUACUGCCCCACGCCAGUAUGCCCACCUUGCAGCAUUUCUCUCUUCUCGGCCUCGACCAGCCCAUCAUUGUCAUUUGUCAUCCUGGAGUACCUUCAGAUCAGACCGGUUGUGCUGUAGUGGUGAGAAGUCAGUGAACUGGUCUCAAAGCGGGCGCCACUUCUCAGCUCGUCAGGAUCUGGACUUUCAGCUCAGCUGGGUCCAAAUCAAUAGUAUUCUGCGUUCUAAUGAGCAGUCUGUGAGUUUGCCAGAGUUUGAUGGCAGGGAACUCAGUGCUGUUAGAAAGUUUGAGAGUAACCACCUAGCUGCCAACACACCUCAUGAGGAUCGUCGCAGUACAGCCACCUGCUUACAGUCAAAGGGCAUGCUCUUUGGAGUAUUUGAUGGCCAUGGGGGUUGGGCGUGUGCCCAGGCUGUCAGUGAGCGGCUGCUGAACUACAUAGCUGUUGCAAUGAUGCCAAAGCAUAGUCUGGAGGAGCUUGAGGAGUGUAUGGAGCAUGAGAGACCUGUACCUCCCAUCUUGCAGUGGUAUAAACACCACACAGACUUCAGUGUUCAUCGUAAAUUUGCUUCGCUCUACCUUGAUCACCUCAGAGUCUUCUGGCAAGAAUUACUUGACACUGAGGAACAUGGCGAAGGCAUGAGUCCUUCAGAUGCUCUGAGUUGUGCUUUUAAACGGCUUGACACCGACAUCUCCUUGGAGGCCCAAGUCCCUCUAUCCACUGACCUAAUGAAAAGCACAGCCGUUCAGGUUGCGUUUGCUGGUUGCACUGCUUGUGUGGCCCACAUUGGCACAGAUGGGAUCCACAUAGCGAAUGCUGGUGACUGCCGAGCAGUAUUGGGGGUACAGCAGGAGGAUGGCUCAUGGAGCGCUUUACCUCUUUCCCAGGACCACAACUCACAGAACCAGGCUGAGGUAGAGCGGAUCAAAGCCCAGCACCCACCUUCAGAGAGAGAGACAGUGGUCACAGAUGACAGACUGCUUGGGGUUUUGAUGCCCUUGCGUGCGUUCGGUGAUGUGGGAUUCAAGUGGAGCCGUGAGUUGCAGCAGAGCAUUACAACAAGCCUGGAAUCUGCAGUGGAACUUGACUCACUCAACCUGUACCACUUCAAUCCACCUAACUACCUAACUCCACCCUACCUGGAUGUGACACCUGAGAUAACCUAUCACAAACUCAGACCCCAGGACCGUUUCCUGAUUCUUGCCACUGAUGGGCUGUGGGAUGAACUAUGCAGCGAAGAGGCCGUCCGACUCAUUGGAGAGCACCUGAGUGGGAUUCAUCUAGAGGCUCCAGUUUCUCCAUCUGAGAAACGGCUCAAAUUGGGUCAGAUGCAUGAGCUCUUGCUGAAACGACGAGCCCGUGCCUCCCCAGCCCUAGACACCAAUGCCGCCACACAUGUCAUCAGACAUGCUCUCGGCACAGGGGAGAAUGGAGAACUCUGCCAGGAGAGAUUGGCCUCUAUGCUCGCUCUGCCAGAGGACCUGGCCCGAAUGUACAGGGAUGACAUCACAGUUACUGUGGUGUAUCUAAACUCUGACCUGGCCAGACAUAAUCACAGCUGACAGCAGGGUUUUUUUUCCACUGGACUUUGAGAUAAAAAAAAUAAAAAAAAAUCAUAACAAUCAGCUCUGUUCAAAUUGUAGUCAACACUCCACCCAAGCUGUCAUUUGGACACGUAGGUGGUAAUCAUUACACCUGUCACAUAAAUUAAUUUUAAUUUUUCAAAAUGAUGGCAGUUUUCUCAAUGUUGAAUUGUGUACAGUUUUUUUUAAAAACAAAUGUACAAAUCUUCCAUAGAUUUA